AAUGAAGAAACAUCCAUGUCGACAGUGUGACAAAUCCUUCAGUUCAUCCCAUAGUUUGUGUCGUCACAACCGUAUCAAGCACAAAGGCAUUAGGAAGGUGUAUACGUGCUCGCACUGCCCAGAUUCUAGACGCACUUUUACCAAGCGGUUGAUGUUGGAGAAACACAUCCAGUUGAUGCAUGGCAUUAAGGAUCCUGAUGUGAAAGAAAUGACUGAAUCAAGCAAUGUGGAAGAAAGGGAAGUAAAAGAAGACACAAAGGUUCCUAGCCCAAAGCGUAAAUUGGAAGAACCUGUACUGGAAUUCAGGCCUCCACGAGGUGCAAUCACUCAGCCCUUGAAGAAGCUAAAGAUAAAUGUUUUUAAAGUUCACAAGUGUGCUGUUUGUGGCUUUACAACAGAAAAUCUUCUCCAGUUUCACGAACAUAUUCCUCAGCAUAAAUCCGACGGCUCUUCGUACCAGUGCAGGGAAUGUGGACUCUGCUACACAUCCCACGUGUCCCUCUCCAGACAUCUCUUCAUUGUACAUAAGCUGAAGGAGCCUCAGCCAGUAUCAAAACAAAAUGGGUCUGGGGAGGAUAAUCAGCAAGAAAAUAAACCCAAUCAUGAGGACGAAUCGUCUGACAGUACGGCGUCAGACAGGAGAUGCAAAGUGUGCGCAAAGACUUUUGAAACAGAAGCGGCCUUAAACACCCACAUGAGAACACACGGCAUGGCCUUCAUCAAGUCAAAACGGAUGAGUUCAGCGGAGAAGUGAUCCGAUUGCUGGGGACACAGAAAUCUCUCUCCACAUUGGAAUACUAAUGACAUUUUUGCUACAGAAAGUUCAAGGUAUAAUAGCAUUAACAGUACUGUUCAGGCUGUUGCAGUAUGUUCUGCAUAAAAGCGUCCCCUUCACCUCAUUGUACCCCCAGAACCAUUGAAGCAGUGUUUGAGUUGAAGAGAGUUUGUAUAUAUUUAAACUAAUAACUUUUAUACUCUUUGUUAUGUGUUUGUAUCGGUAUCUAGUGGAAAAUUUGGUUUUUUCUGUUUUGUUUCUGGUUUUUUUUCUAGUAAAUUUCUUUAAAACAGAGUUCUGAAUGCUGGGGCAGUUCCUUAGGUUCUCUUAAACUGUUUCUUGUUUGAAUGCUUCUGAAGGAAGGUUUAGCUAAUGGAAGUGCAUCAGGAAGCCGUGCUUGGAGGGCAGUGGGGAGGGGAAGCAAGCUAAGGGGACAUUUUAAAUUCUAAGAACUCGUGCUUCUAAAUGUCUGAGGAAGCUUUUUAACUU